AUGUCUUUCGUUUAUACCACUCUCUUUCUACUCCUUUCCCCAUUUUCACCUGUCUUUUUUUCUUUCAUAAUACAUUUUGUUUCUCUCUCUCUCUUUCUCUUCCUCUCUCUCUUCCACUUUCUUAUCUCCUCCUUUCCCCGAUUUUUUCUCCAUCUCAUAAUACCUUUUGACCAUCUCUCUCUUUCUUCCAUUUUAUUUUUUCUCCUUUACCCUCUCUUUUUUUUUUUUUAUAAGGCCUUUUCUAUCCCUCUCGCUUUCUUCUCCUUCCCCACUUUUCUCUUCUUUUUUUCCUUUCAUAUUGCCUUUCGUAUAUCACUCUCUCUCUUUCUUCCACUAUUUUCCUUCCCUUCCCCCUCUCUUUUUCCCCACUCUAUGUCUUUCUGUUCGCAAUGCCUUUUGCUUAUCUCUCUCUUUCUACCACAUUCUUUUCUUCUUCUUCCCCACUCUCUCUCUCUCUCUCUCUCUCUCUCUUUCUCUCUCACUCUCUCCCACUUUAUUUUCUUCUCCUUUCCCCAUUUUUUCCUUAUUCUAUGUUUUCCCGUUCGUUAUUCUUUUUGUUUAUCUGUCUCUUUCUUCCACUUUCUUUUCUUCUUCUUCUUCCCUACUUUUCCCUUCUUUUUUUUUACCUUUCAUAAUGCCUUUUGUUUAUCGCUAUCCAUUGUUUCAGUUGCCUUUCUGAACCACCAACCCCAACCAAGCCCUUUCUUUUCCAUUCUUUUUCACCCUCCUCUUGACGGAAUUCUGCAAACCAAUCACCAUACGCGCCUAAACUCCGUUCAACAUAUCAUGUCUCACAAGCGAUAUUUUCCCAACCAAAAACAAACAACAGCGCUUUCUAUCAUUAUCUAUCUAUCUAUCUAUCUAUCUGUUCAUAUCUAUUUACCUUAUCCUAAAAUAUCUAUCUUAAUCAAUUCAUUAUCUAUCUAUCUAUCUAUCUAUCUAUCUAUCUAUCUAUCUAUCUAUCUAUCUGUGUUCAUAUCUAUCUCAGUAUGUUCAUAUCAAUGUAUAUGUCUAUCUGUCCAUCUAUCUAUCUAUCUAUCUAUCUAUCUAUCUCUGUUCAUAUCUAGCUAUCUCAGUCUGUUUAUAUCUAUCUAUAUGUCUAUCUGUCCAUCUAUAAUUAUCUAUCUAUCUAUCUAUCUAUCUAUCUAUCUAUCUAUCUAUCUAUCUAUCCUUUUAUGUUUAUAUUUAUCGGAUUAA